CUGACAUCACGUCCGGCUGUGUUACACAAUGUUUAUCCUACGGGCAGUGCUUGCACCACGCUGGAUGGGUUUGUAGCUCCAGUCUUCAACCAUGACUAAAGAGAAAGCUGCUGUCACAGGUUCACGCCCUAAAAGAAAGAAGGUAGAUAGUCCUGACCCAAAAGCUAACAAACAAAGAAAGAAGGAUAAACUAGAGGUCCCCUCAGUGAUCACUGAUACAGCAUGUGAAGUAAAUCAAGCACAAAAGAAGGGCAAGAAGCAUAAAAAGAAAAAGAUAGAGCAAAUUAAAAUUUCUGAUCCACCCACUUGUCCAGAGAUUGUGCAUGAGGGAGAGGAGGAUUUGAGCCCAGAGGAGAAGAGAGCCCUAGAGAGGAAAAUUAAGAAGAUUCUUAAGAAAGAGGAGAAAAAGAGGCUGAAGGAGCAGGGGGAGACACAGCCCAAAACAGAAGCAGGUGGUCUCACUGCUUCUCAACUGGCUCUAGAAUAUCUCACAUGCUGGGCUGAAAACAGGGGGGAGUGGAAGUUUCAGAAGACUAGACAAACAUGGUUACUGCAGCACAUGUUUGACUCUGAAAAGAUUUCAGAUGACAAGUUCUCUGUGCUGCUGCAUUACUUAGAGGGGCUUCAAGGGGCAGCAAAGGACACCACGGUUCAAAAGGCCUUAGCUGUUAUUCAACAUUCUGGAGAAGCACGAGAAACAGACGUCCAGCAGAGGGCGCAUCGAGCCAGAGAAGUCAUCCAGUUAUUAUCCUAAUCCACACGGUAGCAUAUGUAGUAAUUUCUUAGCCACUGCUUUGUGUUUCCGUUAUGUAUGACAGCUGCUCCUAAUGGACAAAAUGCAGAUAUGUAGAGACAGUUCCUCAGCAUCCGAAGGGAUAUUCUUCAUUUAUGAAUAUUAGUGCCUCUUGUUGGGACAACAACAGAACAGUUUCAAAAUUUAAUUUUUUUUAUUUUUGUAAUAAAUUGUGAUUAAUCACAAUUUAUUUUUGUAAUAAAUUGUGAUUAAUCACUUAGAACCCCA